CACUUGCUCCUGUUGCUGAACUGGGUUUGCCCCCACCCCAGGAAGAUGGCUCACCAGCAGCAAUGCAAACAGACCUGCCCGCCUCCCCAAUGCUGCGUGACCAAGUGCACCACCAAGUGCCUGGAUCCCUGCUGCAACGUCUGUGAGACCAAGUGUGUGACCAAGUGCGUGGAUCCCUGCUGUAAUGUCUGUGUGAAGAAGUGCACCACGUGUGUGCACCCCUGCCCGUGCCCACCUAAGUGUGUGGAUCCGUGUCCUUGCCCGUGCCCACCUAAGUGUGUGGAUCCAUGCCCUUGCCCAUGCCCGCCUAAGUGUGUGGAUCCGUGUCCAUGCCCUUGUCCACCUAAGUGUGUGGAUCCGUGUCCUUGUCCAUGCCCUCAAAAGUGCGUUCCGUGCCCUCCCAAAUGCCCACCGGUGCAGCAGUGCUGCAAGGAAAAGAGGCUUUGUUAUGCCAAUGGACAUUGUAUGCAGGUAUUGGAAGCGGUCACAUAUCACCUGCCAGAGGAAAUGCUGUUUGUUUGCCCCCACCCCAGGAAGAUGGCUCACCAGCAGCAAUGCAAACAGACCUGCCCGCCUCCCCCAUGCUGUGUGACCAAGUGCACCACCAAGUGCCUGGAUCCCUGCUGCAACGUCUGUGAGACCAAGUGUGUGACCAAGUGCGUGGAUCCCUGCUGUAAUGUCUGUGUGAAGAAGUGCACCACGUGUGUGCACCCCUGCCCGUGCCCACCUAAGUGUGUGGAUCUUGCCCGCCUAAGUGCCCUCCGUGCCCUCCCAAGUCUCAACAAUUUACAGAAGAAUUUCCACAAGCAGUCGCCCGUCUCCUUCAAAUAA